GCUUACAAUUAGUUGUUUGUGAGAUUCGAUACUUUUUAGUUUUUUUGAUCAUGUACGAAAAUAAAUGACGAUAGAAGGGAAAGGUGAUUACGAUGCUCUACAAACAUGGCCAUUUCAAAAGAAGAUCACAAUGGUGUUAAUGGCUCAAGGAAAUGGUGAUCACAUGAUUGAUGCUUUUCAUUCAGAUCCUCGAAGUUCCUUAUUUCAGCGACCAGAGUCUGAUUUGAAUGCAUUUGGAUUGCCAGUUCUAAUUUCGUCGAUAGACAGUUUAAGCAAUCUUCCAUUCAUUAAAGAGAAUACAAUGUUUAUUAAGUUAAUAGUUGAAUGAACAAAAAAUAUAAAUACACUCGCUCCUGCUUCUCUACCUUA